AUGUUCUCAACACUCCUUAUUCAUACCUGCGGCACUAUUGGAGGCAGGUCAACAACGAUAACCCUCAAAGUCUCACCAUCAUUCCCUGGUGCCAUCUGGUUUCGAGAGCGUCGCGGUGAGCCAGCUCCCAAGACCUGGGACUCCAAAGACGUCUCCAAAGCCAAUGGCACAUUGGAGCUUUCCCUUCUCGGACGCAUUGCUGAAGGCCGUAUUGGUGUGACACACAUCGCCAAAGUCGUCUCCAGUUCAGUCGCAGUUUGGCGCGAGAGGCAUGGGUCUACGAGCAGCUCGAUUCCCAACUUCUACGGCUUCUUUUCGUCGUCCAUGGCGGAGCAGCCCGCUUUUCCAAACCUCGAAUUUACACCAUGGACAAAUAGGAAGCACCGAAUUGAAGAAACAGAUAGCCCUCCUAGCGACAUCGACGAGUUCCCUUCGCCAGACUGGCUUGCCGACGACGUGCCGCCUUACCCUGGAGAUCUACCGAGCUACGAAGACCCAUCUGGAUACCAGAAGACCUCGUCAUGGUAUAGAUGGGGUCGCCCACAAGAAAAUCCAACGAUCAGUGUCAUCGUUCUCGAGCACCUGGGAGAGACGUGUACCGGGGACCGAGCUCGAGGGAACGACGUGCUAAUGGCAGUGAGAGAGGUCCUGGAGGACAUUGCUGAGCAUGGUCUUAUUCAUUCGAACGUUACGGCUUGGAACGCCCUUUCCCUCAGGGAUAGGGCGGACAUAGGGAAGGACAGGGGUAACCCCCGGGUAGCCGGACACCUACCCUUACCCCCACCCCCCAAAACCCCUACCCCUGACUGA